AUGUCAAGUACUGUGUCCUACUGGAUCUUCAAUUCUGCAAGAAACUAUAUUGCUACAUUUCAAGCAGGCAGACGUUUGUACUCGAGUGUGACGAAUAGGAAUCAGUUGAAAUGGAGACUCUUUUCUCCUGCACUGCCCACUAUAAAAAGCAGUUCCCCAUGUGGUAACUUUGCUUUGUGGAAAGCCUACAGACACACAUCAACUGAAGAAGAGGAUUUCCACUUGCAGCUCAGCCCUGAGCAGGUCAAUGAAGUGCUUCGAGCUGGCGAAUUAUCCCACAAGGUUCUUGAUUUCAACAGUGGAGUCCUAAAUUCAGUGUUGAGGUUUGAGAGCAACCAGCCGGCUGCCAACUCACCAGUGGAGGACCGACAAGGUGUAGCUUCCUGCCUGCAGACCAACGGGCUGAUGUUUGGCAUCUUUGAUGGACACGGUGGCCAUGCAUGUGCGCAAGCAGUGAGCGAGAGGCUCUUCUACUACAUGGCAGUGUCCCUGAUGUCCCACCAGACUUUGGAGCAGAUGGAAGACGCAAUGGAAAACAUGAAGCCCCUGCUGCCCAUCCUGCAGUGGCUCAAGCACCCAGGGGACAGUAUCUAUAAGGAUGUCACAUCAGUACAUCUGGACCACCUUCGUGUCUAUUGUCAGGAACUGCUUGACCUGCAUAUGGAGAUGGGGCUCAGCAUUGAAGAAGCAUUAAUGUAUUCCUUCCAGAGAUUGGAUUCUGACAUCUCGCUCGAAAUUCAGGCUCCCCUGGAAGAUGAGGCGACGAGGAAUUUGUCCCUCCAGGUUGCUUUCUCUGGAGCAACAGCUUGCAUGGCCCAUGUCAGUGGAGUUCACCUGCAUGUAGCAAAUGCUGGUGAUUGUCGGGCUCUUAUCCUUGGUGCCCAGGAAGAUAAUGGUACGUGGUCCUGUUUACCUCACUGUGACCACAAUGCCUGGAAUGAGGUUGAGCUGUCCCGACUGAAGAGGGAACACCCUGAGUCAGAGGACAGGACACUCAUCAUAGAUGAUAGGCUGCUGGGGGUCCUUAUACCCUGCAGGGCCUUUGGGGAUGUCCAGCUGAAAUGGAGUAAAGAGUUUCAGCACAGUGUCCUAGAGAGGGGCUUUGACACUGAGGCCCUCAACAUCUACCAGUUCACGCCACCCCACUACCACACUCCACCCUAUCUGACUGCCAAACCUGAGGUCACAUACCACAGGCUGAGGCCCCAGGAUAAGUUCCUUGUGUUGGCCUCAGAUGGCUUGUGGGACAUGCUGGGCAAUGAGGAUGUGGUGAGGCUGGUGGUGGGGCACCUGUCCAAAGUAGGUCACCACAAGCCAGACCUGGACCAAAGGCCAGCCAACCUGGGACUCAUGCAGAGUCUGCUGCUGCAGAGGAAAGCCAGUGGACUCCAUGCAGCUGACCAAAAUGCAGCCACACAUCUGAUCAGACAUGCCAUCGGGAGCAAUGAGUAUGGGGAGAUGGAGCCAGAGCGACUGGCUGCCAUGCUGACAUUGCCAGAGGAUGUGGCCAGGAUGUACCGGGAUGAUAUCACUGUCACUGUUGCGUUUUUUAACUCAAAUUCAAUUGAUACUUAUUACAAGGGGGGUUAA